GAGGUCGCCGCCGGAGCCGCUGGAGACGCCGGGCCGGGGAGCGGGCGUCGCAUCCGGGCCUGCCUUUGAGCCAACCUCUGCGGCGGCGGCGCGCGGCCCGGGGACGCCAGGCUGGGGCAGCUCGGGCCUGGGCCAGGCUUCUCCUCUGCUCCCACCGCCGCCGAGCCUGUGGCCUGGGGCCUCCCGCAGCCAGGGCUCCGGCUAGCUGCCUUCCCUGGGCGCCCUGUCCUGGAGGCGUGGGGCCCACCUAGCCCCUGCCUGCCCGGAUGUCCCUGCUCAGGGACUGCUGACCUCGGCUGCAGGGGGAGCUCCCCCCACGCCCCCUCGCCAACCUCAGCAGCCAGAGACCCUGGGUGAGCCCCUGGGCCAGACCCGCAGCCCAGGGCAGCCUCCCAUACCCCCCUGCCCCCGCCUCCCUCCUCCUCCCCCACCCCUUCCUCCUCCUCCUAGGACUGGACCCGAGAAGCCACUGUGGCCCCUGGGGGGGGCCCUGCCCCCCCAGCUCUCACCGGCCGCCCCCAGGAGCCCUAGGGGCGGCCGGGGUCCCUAUCAGGCCUGGCGGGACCAGGAUGCUGCUCCCUCUCCUCCCCCCCGGCCUCACCCAACACCCCCACCCACCCGAACACCCAGUCUGACUGGAGACAGCCGGAUGCCGGUUGACCCUGGGCCCGAGGUGGGCAGUGGCUGGCCAGGCCUCCUCAUGUCCUGCCUGAAGGGUCCCCAUGUCAUCCUCAAGAUGGAGGCCAUGAAGAUUGUUCACCCCGAGAAGUUCCCCGAGCUGCAGGCGGCCGCCCCUUGCUUCCCACCUGCACCGCGGCCCACCCCCGCUCUGGCCCCCAAACGCGCCUGGCCCUCAGACACAGAGAUCAUCGUCAACCAGGCCUGUGGGGGGGACGUGCCUGCGUUGGAUGGGGCACCCCACACCCCUCCCUUGCCACGACGGCCCCGCAAGGGCAGUGUGGAGUUGGGCUUCCCCCGCGUGGCGCCCGCGGACGAGGUCAUCGUGAAUCAGUAUGUGAUACGGCCUGGGCCCGCCUCCUCGGGGCCCCCUGCCACGGCGGCGCCAGCUUCGGGGGAGCCCCUGGAGUGCCCCACCUGCGGGCACACGUACAACGUCACCCAGCGGCGGCCCCGAGUGCUGUCCUGCCUGCACUCUGUGUGUGAGCAGUGUCUGCAGAUCCUCUAUGAGUCCUGCCCUAAGUACAAGUUCAUCUCCUGCCCCACCUGCCGCCGCGAGACUGUGCUCUUCACGGACUACGGCCUGGCUGCACUCGCUGUCAACACGUCCAUCCUGAGCCGCCUGCCACCCGAGGCUCUGACCGCCCCGUCCGGGGGCCAGUGGGGGGGUGAGCCGGAGGGCAGCUGCUACCAGACCUUCCGGCAGUACUGUGGGGCCGCGUGCACCUGCCACGUGCGGAACCCACUGUCCGCCUGCUCCAUCAUGUAGCCGGAGCCCCCCCGCGCCCUGGCCUGCCAGUCCGCGCUCGCCGCUUCUCCAGGGAUCCGGCCCCGCCCCGUCGCCUGCUGACCCCUCGCCCACCACAGCUUCUGGCCCCUCCCUGUGUGGCAUUGUCGCUGCAGCCAACUCUGCCAUUAAAACUCUUUGCCAAA